AUGAGCUGGGACCGAGUGAUCCAGGACUCCGAUGAGGACGAGCCCCUCAUCGGGGAGGAUAUCUCGACCUCCAACGACCCGCUUCAGGGCCGCGGGUCCCCCAUCCGGCAACACUACAACCACGGCGCGAACUACCAAGAACAUUACCCAAUCGAGCACCAAGAUGUCAGCACAGAGCCACAAUUGAGCGUUAAUUUCGACCAGUUCCUGCAGUCUCAAGAGGGUCCACACACGACUCUCAAUUCAUCGCAGCAGCGGCGCGAAGAAAGGUGGAUUCCUUCCACUGGUGAAGGCGGGGUCGGAUCAAUUGGUGCAAUGAUGACGGAAAUCGGGCUUGCACAGCAGCGACUAUUCGACGAUGAGGCCUCUAGUGUUGCCCAACGUCUUCCCUCCACAGCGACCGCGUACUCGAGCGAAAUCUCUCAGCCGGGUUCUUUCCCUACCGGUCCAAACUACACGUACCAACAGCCGAACGAGGUCGCCAAUGGCGUAUCUAACCCUGUGAAAAAGGUGGUCUAUCCCUCAUAUGAGGCGACGCAGCUUGUCCCGUCGGUUCAGUCGGUCCAGGCACACGGCUACGAGUACAGUACUCCUGCGGCGUCGACCACCGUCGAUUCUCCUCUUGGAGGGUAUGGGGAGACCAGUUCAUACCCUCCAACUAUUCAAACCUCUGGUGGCUCGCGCGCACACCCGUCGCAAAAGGCCCCCCAGAGGUCCAAGUCUCUGCAGUCACAGCAGUAUUCUCCACAUGACACGGAGCCAAUGUCAUCUGUGACGUCGCCGGGGGUGAGUCGCACGAAGAGCGACAAUGUCAGGUCAGGUCUCAUGUCUCCACGGUACUCCGAGCUCGAUACACACGACGAACUUUCUUUGCCCGCUGUGUCUGUGGAGGUAACUACGGUUAAGAAGCGUGGACCUCCGAAGAUGCAUUCGGUGCCGGAUAACGACGACGAUGAUGAACUAGCCAUCAUUCAAUCUGGAUCUGGUCAGAGCAAGCCCGAGAAACGGAAGCCGGGACAGCCUCCCAAAGCCGCAUGUAUUGGGGACGCUGCAUUAAACAAUACAGUAGCUGCGGGCGCUGAAAUUCCUGCCGCAGAUGGGGUUACAGUCACAGAGCCUGAAGUCCCUGUAAAGGCCGUUCCGAAGGAAACCAAGAAAAAGAAGGUCAGGAGAAGCAAGACCGCGGAUGCGUUAAUGCAGAAGAGUCGCAUGGCGGAUGAGGACGAUGUCAUCUGGGUAGACUCAAGGCCCAUUCAGGUGGAGACCAACAAGCCUGACGCACCUCCAUUAGGAGAGACUCCCAUCACCGAAGACAAAUCUCAAUCCAAUCAACCGGAAGAAAAGCCAGCACCCAAGAAACGAGGACGCAAGCGGAAGAUGGUAUCCGAGCAACUUACCACCGAAGCCGAAUCUUCAAAAGAGAACCAAGCUCCAGCUGCUCCAGCUGCUCCCGAAGUCCCCAUGGGAAAAGCCGCAGAACCAACCCCCGAACCUCCAAUCCUUGAGCCUCAAGAACCCGUCCCAGCUAACAGCGCAGAACAAACACCCCAACCGGACGUACCCAGCAAACAACAAACCGAUGCUCUUCCACAAACACCUCAAGCAGACACAAAGACCCGCAAAGGACCGGGCGCACACAGUCCGAUUUCGUCGACGAGUAAGGUGCCAUAUCGAGUGGGACUGAGUAAAAGGGCGCGAAUUGCGCCUCUCCUGAAAGUUGUGCGGAAAUGA